CAUCCGGUAGUGCUCUUUCCGUCUGCUGAGAUAACAAGUGGUGGCUCUUUGGACUCCGAUAAGCAUUAAUUAAAUGAGACUCGUUUUGAACACGUCGACUCUCAAAUAUUUCAUCGGCUAUCGCAUAUUAGAAGCAUGUCAAGUUUGUCAGAUGUAUCAAUUUCAGUGAUGCGCCAUCCAUACCAUAAUAAACGGAGCAUAUUUGAUGAGAGAGACCUAGUGGCAAAGGAACCAUAUGCUCAGUUCCAAAAGUGGUUCGAGGAAGUCUGCAAAACUAACGGUAUCAUGGAACCAAAUGCAAUGACUGUGGCGACCGCAACAAAGGAAGGAAAGCCAUCUGUGCGUCCAGUGCUUAUGAAAGGUUUUGACAAAAAUGGAUUUGUAUUUUACACUAACUAUGGAAGCAGAAAAGCAAAGGAACUUGAAGAAAAUCCAAACUGCUGCUUGAUGUUUUACUGGGAGCCUUUGAAAAGAGCAGUAAGAAUUGAAGGCAGAGCAGAACGUAUAUCUCAAGAAGAGUCUUUAAAAUACUUCCACUCACGUCCUCGUGAGAGCCAGUUGGGAGCUAUUGUGAGUCAGCAAAGUACAGUUAUUUCCAGCCGAGAGGUUCUGGAUAAAAAACUUGCAGCUCUCCAAGAAAAAUAUGCAGACGAAAGCAUUCCUAUACCUAAGCCUGAUUACUGGGGAGGCUAUCUUAUUGUUCCUGAUUCGUUUGAAUUUUGGCAAGGACAGACAAAUCGGCUGCAUGACCGAUUAAGAUUCCGUCGACCAGUAACUGGUGAAGUACUUGAUCCAGAACUUACAAAGGUGGCAGAUGAUGGGUGGCUGCUUGAGCGACUUGCCCCAUGAACAUUCAAGUUUGUUAGUCAUCAUAUUAAUUUUGAUAGUGCGUAAACUGUCAAAUUAGUAUCAUUUAAUUGUUCCCGUGUAUGUACAUGGAUGUUGCUUAAACUAGUGCAAAAAGUUUAUCAUUCAUUUCUACUUCAUUAUCUUUUUAAUUUUCUCAUUUCAUAUUUAUAUCUAAAUUUUUGCAAUUGUGACUAUAAUAAAAUGCCUAACUUUAAUUUGCUUCCAGGCUGCAUGGGUGGAAUAAAGAUGUUGCUUCUACAUUUCCAUCUAAUAUGUAAUAAGGAUAAACUUUUUAAGAAUGUAUGGACCAUGUAUCUUUCAAAAGAUUGGAGAGUUUCAGAGGUAGCCUGACAGAUAAUUAUGGUGGUCUCUAAUUCCUUAAAACCUUGGUAUCAGAAUGUACUUUAUUCCAUAACUCAUAUUCUGAUAACCAGAACCAUUUUUUCCAUUAUUCUUAUAGGAUUAUCUCAUUCCACUAAAUCUGAAUCCUGGUUACCCACUUUACCAAAAUAAUGCUUACACACUUUCAAACACUCACUCAAUCUGAGAAAUCAGCAUAAUAUAACAGUAGGUAACCAACAAUCACUAAAUAAUUUGUCACUGAAUAUAUGCUUAGGAAAUAUUUGAUGUCUAAUGAUGCAGUUUGCCAGUCCAGGUGCUUCCUCAUAGUAUUUUUGGAUCUGCUGAUGUGUCAUGUUUUUACUGAUAUCCGUUUUCAGAUAUAGUUUUCAAACCCUAAUUUCCUAUGGUGGAACUAGUGGAGUAGGGUAUGUUGAUAUCUUAUAGCUAGAAUUUAUAUACCUGUGCUUCUGAUGCCAGGGUUUGAUUGUAUAUGACUUUUUGAUGUUGUGUGUUAUUACUUUACUGAAUAUUAUCAGUAAUUUACUGAUUUAACACAUAUUUGUAUUAUAUGUAAAAUGCAUUUAGACUUCAUCUAAACUAUUUUUUGGAGGAAUGGAUCAUAAUUGUUUUAUUAUUACUAAUGCUCAGGAUGUACACAUGAUUUACACUAUAAUAAACUUUUUUAGCGAAAAUAUCUACUUCGCAUAAAAUAUCAUAUUAACACUGUAAGACCAUUGCAAUAAAAUCCUUGAGAGUCUCAUGUGUGGUCUUAGUUUCAUUUAUUAUCAUAAUUUUCUUCAUUACAAUUGUACCUUUUUUUAUACCUGCGGAUAUAUUGGAAAUUUAGAAGCAAAAUGAAAUUUUCAUGAUUUUUAUUUAUUAUGCUUAUUUUAAGCUGAACAUGUUAUAGUAUUAGACAUCUGUUUUCAACAACAUAAUAAAUAUUUUUGGUGGUGUGUGUUAGCUGAUAAGCAAAUGCAUACGAUAUUCUGUUCUUGAAACAUCCUUGGAAUCAGUUGUUAUAUAUUUGCAAUAUUCCUCUGAUCAUUAACCACACCUUUUGGUUUUACAUGAAAAUUAUGUCAAAUCUCAGUUUAAUUAUUGUGUACAAUUUACUUCAUAUUGAUUAAUAUAUUUAUGGUGCUUUUAAGAGUAAGAAGUUUUGACUAAUUAGGAAUAUUCAGGGCAUUGUCAAUGAAACAUAUAUUUAAAAAGUUCAUCUAUUACAAUAAAGAUGUCUGUAAACAGC